AUGAACUAUUAUGUCUCUGUCUCAGACUACAGUGAAUCCAGAGGGAUGCCUGGAGACAGCAGCCACGCUCAGCGUGUGCUGUCCUCCCUGAACCAGCAGAGGGCAGCAGGGAGGUUUUGUGAUGCAGUGCUGAACGUGGGAGGCGGGAUGGUCUACCUGGCCCAUCGCAACAUCCUCGCCUGCUUCAGUGAGCUGUUCCAGCAGUCCAACAUGCCCUCUGCACAGUGCAUGGAGCUCUGCCUGCAGGAGUGCUCCAACGACGGCCUGGAGCUGCUCCUGAACUUUAUCUACACCGGAGAGCUGAAGUUAAAUCACGGGAACCUGGACAAGGUGCAGCACGCAGCAGUCAGCCUGUGUGUACCUGAAGCACUCGCACUCUGUCAGCAGUUCAAGGAAGCCUCUGUGGAUCCUGCACCUCUCAAGCGUAAAAGAGGCAGACCGAGAAAGUCCACAUCAGACUCGAACGCUCCUUGUUCGGUCAAGGAAGAGAACUUGUCCGCAAUCACAAAAGAUGAGUCCGGCUUUGAUACAACCAGUUCUAGUAUGGCUGCCACCGCCACCACUACCACUCGGUCUGGUCGUGUAGUGAAGGGCCCGAGGCGACUGGUGACUGAUGAGAGCCCCACCACAGAUUUUGCGGCCCCUGAAAAGGACAGCUGGAAGGCUCCACUGAUUCCAGCAGAGAAAGAAAGUGAUGUUGUGGAGAACCAAAACCCAGAUCAGCCAGCUGGUGAAACUGAGACAACUAACUUGCAGACUGACGUAAAUGACAAUGGUGUUGGCCAGGUGACGGAGGAAGAAGAGGAUGAUGCGGGGGAUUUUGAGGCCGUCACAGACACAGAUGAGGAUUACGUGCCUGUUGAAGAGCCCGGUUCCUUAACGCCGUCCACGUCACGGAAACGUAAAGCCCAGAGUAAAACGGAGAAAAACGAGAAUGGUGAGACUGUGGAGGAAGACUCCAAGAAGGACUCUGUGCAGUGUCCCAUCUGUGACAAAACCUUCAAGAGCAAGUACUACCUCAAAGUGCACAACCGGCGGCACACUGGGGAGCGUCCCUUUGGUUGCCUUAAAUGUGGAAAGAGGUACUUCAGGAAGGAGAAUCUUAUAUUACAUGAAACCCGGGACUGCGCUAAAGUGCAGACAUACACCUGCAUGACAUGCUCCUCCACAUUUAACGGAAAAGAAGAGCUGCGUUUGCACGUUGUCUCUCACACAGGAAAUAUGCCCCACAAGUGUUCAACAUGUCCUGAACAGUUCAUGUACAAGAAGAACUUGACAAUACACAUGAUGAAGGUCCACGGUUAUCCCAAACCACAUGCAUGCCCCCAGUGCCCCAAAACCUUCCUUACUCGGACGGAGCUUCGUGUGCACGAAGCGGCCAAACAUCGAGGCGAAAAGCCGUUUGUGUGCGAGGAGUGUGGCCAUCGAGCCUCUAGUCGAAAUGGCCUGCAGAUGCAUAUCAAAGCCAUCCACAGAAACGAGCGCCCUUUUGUCUGUAACCUGUGUGGCCAUGCAUUCUCCCAGAAGAACAACCUAAACAUGCAUCUGCGUAUACACAGCGGUGAGAGGCCGUACCAGUGUCAUCUCUGUGGCAAAACCUUCAGGACACAAGCCAGUCUAGAUAAACACCACCGGACACACACUGGUGAGCGUCCAUUUAGCUGUGAUGUUUGCGAGCAGCGCUUCACAGAGAAAGGCGCCCUCGUCCGCCACAAGGCCAGCAAGCACGAAGAGGGCCGUCCCCACUGUUGUCACAUAUGUGGCAAAACCUUCAAAGCGAGGGAGCAACUUCGCGUUCACCUGCGUCGCCACAAAGGCAUGAGGAAGUUUGAGUGUAUCGACUGCGGCUACAAGUUCACUCGACAGGCACACCUGCGACGACAUGUUCAGAUCCACAAACGUACUGAGAACUACAAUCCCCGGCAGCGAAAACUCAGGAACGUGAUAGUGCAGGAUGUGGACGAAAGUCUUGACGGUGAGCACGAAGCGACGAAUGAAGUGGAAGACUCGCUGAUCGCAGAGGAGGCAGAUUACGUCCAAGAGACCGCUGACAUCCAGGAACCCACAGAUUCGGCGUCAGGCCUCACUUCUAGCUGCAUAGUGAGGGUGGUGAUCGAGUCGGGUGACGCGGUGAUAGAGGAGGUGGUGUCAAACCAGAACCUGGGACACGUGGAGGCGGCGGAGAGUUUCUCUGUGCCAGAAGUCCUGCAGCAAACACAGCUGGUCACUGAGGCGUACGGGUCCACGAUCGAUAUGAAGGGAAUGGUUGAGAAUAUAUCAGAGAGUAAGACCUGAGGACCGACAGACCGGAGACUGUGUGAAACCCGCUCAGAGUUUGAGUUAUUGUGAAGACCACCUCCUCAAUAAGAAGCACCUACAUGUACUCUAAGGACAUUUGGCCUCAUGGAUCAAAAGAUGAAACUGCAACAAUAUCAGCCAUUGCCGAGUUUCUAGACAUGCAAGAAAAGAGCAGGAUGUAAUUCACGUGCUUUCAGUAGUUAAAGGAAAUGAACUGCAUGCGUGUGAAGCCACAUGAGUGUCAAAUAUGUUUUUGGCUUGUUUUAUUAAAACUGCUUUUGGCAAUGUUCCUACUGCAGCUCGACUCUGAAAAAAUCAGUAAUGAAGCCACAAGCAGCGAUUGCAGGUUUAAGCCCACUCUCAGCCAACAGAAGAAGUACCAAAAAAUAAAGCUGCAAGUAAAAGUUAUCUAGGCUUCACAAAGGUCUGCGCUAGCUUAAGAGACUUUCACGUCUUGUCCACUGACAUAAAAUAUGUCAGUAAAUACGCAACUCAAACACUUUAAAGCUUCUGUGUCUUAAAAAAAGACGGUUGCUAACAAGUGGAUACAUGAGACUGCAAAAUGUCGUGAAGUCGAACUGCGCCGACCAUGACUUUACAGCCUCGUACCCUUAGCAACGCAACCGUAGUUUGUGUUAGCCUAGCAUGAGCUUUUUACUUCUGCCGAUUGCAUUUAAGCUUCAAAAAUCCUAAAAGUGUUGUUAAUUGUGAAGAUUCUGUUGCUUAACAAAAGGUGGAAGCAUCAUUAACAUUUGUCUACCAUAGAGCUUAUUUUCUGCCAUAAUCCAAAAUCCAAUGUAAAAAUACCAUCGGCCUAUUGAAGAGGGAACCAGGGCAACGUUAGCUCACUAAUAUUUUGCUGCAUUAGUUAGCUAGCAUUUUGUCCACUUAAGCAAGCAAUCGACCUUAGCUAACAUUAGCCAGCUAAAACCGUGGUUAAAAUAUAUUUCCUGUCUGUGUUUACUCUAGGAUUGUUUCAGCACUUGGGGACUCAUAAUUUAUUAUAUCAGGCACUGAAUUUAUUAAUUUUUUUAGACCAAAAUUUAGUUCCCUCCGCCUCACUCCUGACGUUUUGUUCAAUUACAGAAAACAUGUUUGUCUCACGAAAUAGAAGAAGAAUUAAUCGUGCAUAAUAUUUUUUUUUAAAAAAUAAAUAAAUGAGAAAAUAUAUAUAUUUGUCGCUUUUAUUUUGUUAUAGUAAAAAGUAAGACUUCUUAAAAACAACAGCGCACAUAUUUAGCAGCGGCAGGUCUACGAGCUCCGGUGGUCUUUAGUCUUGUGCACUUUGUGUCCUUUCUGUAAUUAACAGCCUCUACUGAGCCGACAGCUCUGGUUCAGACCUGUUUCAGGGCCAAGCAGGGAGGACGCGAUGUUGGACACUCUUCAGAGGACGUGAAACGCAGCUUUGUCUGAGGGUCUGUGCCAAAAAAAUUGCACAAGACUUAUGACUCUUUAAUGUUGUACAGUAUGACGCACAAACUGUAUAAUCUCUCUGUUCAUUGUACAAGGAUUAUUUUUAGUGAAGGGUUAACU